GGAACCGCUCAGUCGUGAGAAAGUUCGCAUAUGCGAGAGUGCUGCGGAGAAUCCAGUAUACAUAUCUUGGUAACACGAUCGUAGACACAUGGAGGAGCAAAAUGGAACGGCUAAACAAAAAAGCAAGUCAAAAGGAGAGAGACGUAAAAGCCGUCCGGAAGUUGAAAUUGCGCGCGACGAAAUAAAACAAUUCAAGGAAAAUUUGUUACAAUCCAUUUCUGCGGGAGAUGGUUCCAUAAUAUCGGAGAGUGAGCUGCCAGUUCCCGGGUACUCCCGUUCCCGCUCCGCUUCAAAGGCGCGGGAAGCGCUCCACAUACCAGAUAGCGUUUUGGCGGAACUAGACGAAUCUAAAAUCUUCGAGCUGAAAGAGGCGUUUCUGCUGUUCGACCUGGACGGUGAUGGGUGUAUCGACCACAACGACUUGCGCGGCACUCUGGUCAGCCUCGGAGAGAAGGUGGAUGAGCAAGCUGUGCGCAGCAUGUUAGCCGAGGCCCCAAACCCAUUGGAUUUCGACGGAUUUGUAAAUCUUCUGGGGUACAAGACCUUGGAACUGGACUCUGAGGAAACCCUGGUCGCCGCUUUGUCGCGUUGGGACAAGGACCACUCUGGUCUCAUCUCAGAAGACAGGAUUCGGCAUGACCUCAUGACGUGGGGCGACCGAUUCACGGAGAAAGAAGCCAACUACGCAUUGGACGAAGCCCCGAUUGUCCAAAAAAAUGGCAACGCCAUGAUCGACUACGUACGUUUUUGCAGCCAACUGUGCGGUCUCCGAAAACCGAACAAAAAGGACGCAUAAUAAAAGCUAUU